UGACAGCAUUUGUAUUUUGUCAAACUCGAUACUUUUUUCGACUGAGUUAUAAGUUAUCCGUUGAAUUCUUUCCAUCUCGCAAAGAUCAGAUUUGUCGUGUUUCAGUGUUUGGUAUUCCUGAAAGACGUGCGUCUUCAGUGGGGAUUUGGUAUUUUGUGUAAGUUCCUCUGAAGCACCUGUAGGUGUCUCUUGUUCUGGCCUUUACCGUUGGUUUGCUGGGCAAUUGACUGGGAAUUUCCACUUACGCUUCAGCCAUGAAUUCAAACCUCGGUCCACCACCUGCUACAAUCAAGAACGAGUAUGAUAGCAUUAGCCAGGGCAAGGGCAUCCAAUUCGAUGGUAGACUGCCCAUUGCGGAAUACCGUCAGACUAUACUGGACACGGUGAGGAACUCACCCGUUACCCUGAUCCAUGGAGCAACAGGUUGCGGAAAGACCACACAGAUUCCCCAGUACAUUUUGGAGAAUUUUGUGAGGCGGGGCAAAAUGCCCUAUAUCGUGGUCACGCAGCCCCGCCGCAUCGCUGCUGUCAGUAUUGCCCAAUAUGUGUGCCAGGAGCGUGGUUGGACAUUAGGAGGUCUGAUUGGGUAUCAGAUUGCCCAGGAAAGUGUUCAAAGUGCCGAAACAAGGGUCGUCUACUGCACUCUCGGGGUCCUUCUGGAGAAGCUUGUGCACAAUCAAGGACGAUUGGACUACUAUACGCACGUGAUUUUGGAUGAAGUUCAUGAGCGCGAGGAGGAGAUGGAUCUCGCUUUAUUGCUGAUGAAACGCGUUUUGAAAGACAAGAACUGCCGAGUCAGGUUAAUUGUUAUGUCAGCUACAAUGCACAUGGAAAAGUUAGUGGCUUACCUCGACAAUCCGCCGGUCAUCGCUUUGAAUAGCGGACUGUUUGACGUCACAGUCAAGUAUCUUGACGACAUCCCUUUCGGAGGUUUCCGCUUUGGUGUAUUCUCCCUGGAUGACCCGUACAUGCAGCCAGUAGUUACCGAAUGUCUGGUCAAUCUGGUCGCCUACUUCGACGAGGCGGAGAGAGGCAAUCGCUCGACUGAAAGGGGAUCGGUGUUGAUUUUUGCUCCGGGAAUAAAGGAGAUAAAAAGCAUUAUGCUGCUACUGGAAGGUGAGAGCGCUAGACGGCGAGCAGAGUGGGAAAUUAUUCCUCUACAUUCGACUAUUGCCAACAAAGACCAGCGAAGGAUUUUCCAACCGAAAAAAGCGUCAGUGCGACGAAUUAUCGUAUCGACCAAUAUUGCGGAAAGCUCGAUUACGGUUCCGGAUGUGAAGUAUAUUGUGGAUCUCUGCCUGACAAAGCAGCUGGAACGACGGGCAAACACAUCGUUUACUGGCUUGAAUCUCACCUGGGCGUCGAAAUCCAACUGCGAGCAGAGAAGGGGACGUGCGGGGCGGGUUUCGUCGGGGAUUUGUUACCGAUUGGUUCAAAGAGAGUUUUAUGACACCCUGCCCUCUCACGCCACACCGGAAAUGCUACGGGUGCCACUACAUCGGACGAUUUUGAGGGUGAAGAAACUUGGAAUUGCCAGUACCAUAUAUGAAAUAUUGACGGGCGUCAUAGAUGCGCCUAAUCCAAACGAUAUCGAACGCAAUGUGCUGGAGCUCAUGCAAGCCGAAGCAUUGACGGUUCCUGAUCAUCCCAGUCAUGACAAAGGGGAGCAACGAGUCGACGGACAGCUGACAGCUUUCGGACACGUUAUGGCUUCUUUACCGCUGGAUAUUGCUCUGAGCCGAUUGAUUAUUCUGUCCGUUUGUUUUGAUUGCGUCGAAGAAGGAAUAAUUAUAGCGGCAUGCCUUGCGUCGCGAAAUUUUUUGGAUAGUGGAUUCGGGAAGGAAAAUGACAAGUACAAAAUGAAGCUGGAAUGGGACGAUGGGCAGUGCAGCGAUCCCCUGGCAGCGUUAGCGGCUUAUCGUGCCUGGUAUGAUCAGAAGAGCACGGUCUUUCGUAGUUCCAUUGAUGAGGAAAGGGAAUGGUGCAACAAAUACUCAAUUUCGUGGCACCGCAUUAACGAAGUCUCCGCUCUCGUGACGGAUCUGGAAAAUCAUGUUAAAGAGUUCAGUGUGGGCCAUUCCCAUAGCUUCCGCAACAGAAAAGCAUCUAAAUGGGACACUGCUGGUGAUCAGAUUGACCAGCGAUUGCUGCUCCAGCUGGUAAUUACUGGGGCGUUUUAUCCGAAUUUUUUCCAUGGAACCGGCGACACGAAACGGGUGGCCGCCAAGGGUGAUGCAUUUCUCGAUGAACUGCGGUGUGUGCAGCUAUAUGCCCGAGUAUCGGAUUCGUCUGUCAUCAGCACAAAUGGAGUGAAAGCUUUUUUUCAUAAAAAUAUCGGAGUUAAUCCUGACAACGAAAUUCGAAUUGAUGAGCAAGGUGCCAUCACGGUCUUCUUCAGCGGAGACAAUCCUCGUCAGGUUCCAAAAGCAGUGUACCGGUCUUUAAAACUGCGCGAUAACCGGGAUAUCCAGAAGUGCAUAGAACCUCCUCGACCCAAAUUGAUGUUGCAACCACGCAGCAUACGAACCGAUUCUGCCGCGUCCAGCGCCAAUGCCACGUCGAAAUUCGAAGUGGUGCAGUUCAACGGACCCGCAAGCUCACUGGAAAUUCGGGAAUUCUGUGGAAUUACGAAGGGAACGGAAUUGAAAGUGACCCGGAUGGAACGGUCGUCGGUCAACAGCAUCACUCUGAAUAAUGCACCCUUACAGAAGAUGAAGCGAUGGAUUGUGGCCGCUGAUGUUUCCUCCAAUUCCGUGGAAAACAAGUUAAUCCUAGAAAACACGACGUUAUUGGAAGGUCGACCGGAGUUUUCGGCCCUAGUCUUCUUGUUGUUUACCAACGCCAUCAGUCUGAUACCGCACAAGGAUAACGAAGCAAACGGGAAGUCUAAUUAUAUUGGCAUUCGCGGUAGCCUGGAUCGUCACCGACGUUUGCUGCGAGAUAAUAACUUUGUGAUGUAUUUCGACACGGUGAUCGAUGAAGAUAUGAUGGUGUUUGUCCGUAUCAUCCGCAACUCUAUCCGUGGAUGUUUUGGUGCGGACGUGAUGAAGGAUCCCAUGACCCGGCAAGUGAAAGUCCCGGGGUACCGGAAAGCCAUUCGGCACGCUUUGCAUAUGCUGUUGAACAGUGAUUAUGAGUUUGUUCCCUGCGCGAAGAAUUCCAAAUAUGCUGCUAAACGUGAUCAGGAAGUUUUUUUCAACGAUUUGCAUCCGUUUUUUAGCUCACCUUUGAAUCAUGUGUAAAGCUCGAACAACUACUGUUUAACAUAUUUUGCCAAAAGGUAAAAUUUUACUAACUGCUGUGCAUAAUUUUGGGUUAGAUUUGUUGACUUCUUUCUUUGUGAUAAGAAUUGUUAAGAAUUUGGAACAGUAAAACGCUUUGGUAGA